AAGCGUCAAGAUGACAAUGAUUUGUCGUGACGUGAUGAGAAGUGACUUCACCAAACUAAACUAAAAUUAAGUGGAAGAGCUUUUAGAAGAAUUGUUGUAAUUCUUUCAUGGACUCAACAUGCAGCAGCAAGAUUUGUCACUCAGUUUGACGAUUUUCUCCUACGUGUUUCUCGUACGCAUUGAAACAGUUGUUAACUGAUCCUGCUUCCGUCACCAUAUUGGAUUUGAUCUAAGUCUGAUGCCGAUGGCAGAAAUAUUAUUGUGAAUAUUAGGCUUAAAGUUAGGCCUAUUCACCGACGUAGCAUCACAUAUUAUUGUCUGUUAUAUGAAAAUAUGUAGAUGUUGGUGAAAUUUGUCAUAAUUUAAUAUGUAAAAGAGGUAUAUCGCCUCGAGCAAUCACGAACAUUUUCGACCGUGUAUCUGUAAGUUGACUAGUUAGCCCCUAGUUGACUCCAGUUGAGUUCGUAUUUGAGGUUAUGCUUGGGCUUAUACGGAAACGACUUCCAAGGAUGACGGGUCAUUUCCGUAGUAAUGUGUGGGAUCCAGUGUUAAUUAUUGCCCAGAUCGUCGCCAUGCAAAGCCAGUUUUAUUUACUGCUGGGAAUCUGGAGCUACAUUAUGAACAUGAUUGGCAAAUUUGAUUCCUCUUUAGAUCAAGUGUUCACUCAAACAGAUAUUGAUGUUUUAGAAGAUUCUGGACGACUAAAUGUGAUUGCAUUCCUACUCAACAGUUUGACAAGUGCGCUUGCCUUGUGGUUCAUAGUUCAGAGAACAAAGCUGUGUUUAGACUUUUCUGUGACAGCUCAUCUGCUUCACUUCCUCGGCUGUUUAAUAUACAAUAGCCACAUCCCAAGCACUCUCCCUUGGUGGAUCAUCAAUGUCAUCAGCAUAGCUCUCAUGACUGUUACUGGGGAAUUCUUGUGUAUGCGAACAGAAAUGAAAGCCAUUCCACUCAGUAUGGGGCCGAAGGCAGAUUUGUGAUCAAAAUAGGUUUUAUAUGGUCAAUAUUUAUUUAUUCAUCUCAUCAUAUGUAUAUAACAUAGCAUGCAUGUGAAAUAUAAAAUAAAUAUCCUUAAAUACAUUGUAUUUAAGUGUG